AUGUGCGUCGGUUUUAGAAAAACUCUUCCUCCUUCUCCACUUCCUCCUCCUCCUCCUCCUCCUCCUCCUCCUCAUCAUCAUCAUCAUCAUGAGCCAAAUUUUCUUCUUGUACCGUUUUUAUUUUUCUUAAUUUUCUUCGCCCUUUCUUUGCUCAUUAUAUUUCUUCUUCACAAUUGUUAUAAUUUUCUUUCCUUCUUUCUUUCUUUCUUUCUUUCCUUCUUUCUUUCUUCCUUUCUUUCUUUCUUUGUGUUUUUCCCCUUUUUUCUUAUAAUAUUAUUACCCUCGGCUUUUUUCUUUCGCUCUCCUUCUGACUCUUUAUCUCCUCCUACUUCUCCUCCUCCUCCUCUAUUUUUCUCCGCUCUCAGUCAGUAUAUUUUCUUUGUGUCUUCUUCUUAUUCAUAUCUACUUCACUCUCUCCAUCUCUCUCACUCAAUCUCAAUCUCUCUCUCAGUCUCUUCUCUCUCUCAAUCUCUUCUCUCUCUCAAUCUCUUCUCUCUCUCAAUCGUUCUCUCUCCCCCUCUCUCUCUCUCACUCUCUCUCUCUCCCUCUCUUUCUCUCUCUCUCUCACCCCCAAAUAUCUGA